AAUUAUGCCAAAUUAUAUUUAUUUCUAUUUUAUGUAUGUAACACGACUGAUUUGGAGUAAUAUGAAAAAAUGGUUAGAAAAUAAAUAUUUGUGAAAUUCUACAAAAUAAUAGAAAACGUAUAGCCUCGUCCACAUGUCAAAUUAUAAUUAUUUCUAUUUUUUAGAUUAUCUAUUUAUAAUUUUUUUUUAAUCAACCAAAGCCUCGUCCACAUGUUUAGCAACAUAUAGGAAUACGCGACCAGUGGACUCCGUAGUAGAAAAAGUAUUACUUAAUGUACGUAUACUGUGCAUUACUGGUAAAUCCAAGUAUAAAAAAACGUUUCGCUCUUCAUAGCCUUUUCUUUUCCAUUUUUCACCUUUUCUACCAUCAGGAGAAGCUUGUAUCCAACAAUUUGCAACACAUUUAAUUCGAUUUGGGUGCGCAAGGUAGAGAUCCAUUGAUCGGACAAACGAUUUCCGGUGCCGGCGCUCGUUUCAUCGUUGCAUUUUCCGACGUUUACCGUCAGGAUUUAAAUUAAUUUGUGACUUGCCUUGGUUUUGCUGGAAGCUAUGAGCUGUGUUUUAAGCUUAUUUGGAUUCUCAGAAUUGUUGUAUAUGGGUUGGGAUUAGAUGAAAUGGUUACUGCUAAUUAGGGAUGAUGGGUUGUGCUUGGAUGGGAAGUUGAUGUUGAAUGAUUGGUAGAAUAAUUAUAAGUUUUGUCGUUGUUGGGGUGGGCCUUACAUUAGUAAUUUCACAUAAACAAAUAAGCACUGCGUACAUUCUUACAGCUUUUGAGAGAUGGGAUUACCUCAAGUUUCGCCUGGAGAAACAUCUGAGGACGCCACUAGACCUCUAAGAACAUAUUCUUAUAAUGUAAGUGGCACCCGAACUUGCGAUUCAAAUGAGACGUGUCAGGAAGCUGCGACCCAAGCAUGUAGUUAUCCAAGAUGUCAUUCAUUGGGAGAUCUUCAAUUGAAAUCCUCGCUUGGGUUCUCUGAGUCUCCCGAUGCAUUCCAGAAAAAGGUUUUGGAGGUUACACCGAAAGUUGUCGUGCCAAAAGUAUCUUCUGAAGGAAAUUUCUGCUCAUCAACUCUUGAAACCAGGAAGAAUGGUCACACUCCGGUCUCUAGGAUUGUUGGUUUCGAUUUUGAUAAUGCAAAUGUCUUGUCUGAUGGAUUAGAUGGAGGGUUGAGACAUCAUUCUUCUUCUUCGGGCAAUAUCACCCUUGAAAGACCUGAGGUCAGUGGAUUACUUGUGAAGAAGCGAAUGCUGUCUCCUUUGACUAAACUGCUGUUACCAGAAAAAUUCAACGGUGAUGAUUCUUUGGAUAUUGGCAGCAUAAAUUUCUCGAGUAGUUGUCACUCGGUCAGGGAUACAAAUGUUAUUUCUUCAGCACCGGAUAAUAAAAAGCCAAACCUAGAUUUGAAUAAUCACUUGACUAUGCCAUUCUGGUCCGUAAAAUCUCCAGAACCAAAUGACAGGUAUUAUACAUGCAGCAAGGGAACCCCAGUUUUAUUUACUGAUGGCCCUGUAUUAGAGGACAAGGAACUAGCGUCAUUUUCAUAUCAACCUUCAUCUAGAAGUGGUCCUUACGUUGGUUUAUGCAAGGUGGGAAAUCGAUGGCAGGCUAAAUCAGUGCCCACUGAAGAACCACUCUCCUCUCCAGUCUCUUUUUCUCCCCUUGGGCCAAAAUUUUAUUUAGAACCCAUAUAUAGGGAGAUAAAUAGUAAGAAGCAGGUGUUUUUUGAACAGACUGCACGUUCUCUUGAUGACAGACUGUUUCCAUCCGAAGAAGAAGAGUCCAGGAAUAAAAUAGUAUCAUUUGAACAGCAUACUGGCAUUCAUACUGGCCAAGCCCAAACGUCACCCUCAGAGACAAAAACUGGAAAAGAAUGGUUUUUCUGUCAGCAUCAUAAUGCUAAAAGCCUGAGUAAAAAAUUGAGGGGAUUUCCUCUAAGAAGGUCAUUAAUUGGAUCGUUUGAGGAGUGUCUGUUGUCUGGUCGGCUUUCCUGCGGAAGAUUUUGUCAGAAAAUAGAUGGUUUUCUUGCUGUGCUGAGCGUAACUGGAGGCAAUUUUUCGCCGAAGUCACAGAAACUUCCAUUUGCAGUGACAAGCGUUGACGGGGACAGCUAUUUGUUAUACUAUGCAUCUAUAGAUCUGUCUGGCAAUUCGCGAUCAAACAAGGUCGGGUUUGAGAGUCAGAGAAAGAAUCUUAACAAUGGCAGCGGUACACUAAGUGGCAAGGAGAACUGCCUGCGUAUUCCUAUGAAGGGCCGCAUCCAAUUGGUUCUGAGUAAUCCCGAGAGGACACCGGUACAUACCUAUUUCUGUAACUACGAUUUAAGUGAUAUGCCCACUGGAACCAAGACUUUCUUGCGACAGAAGGUGUUUCUUUCUUCCUCAGCCUCGGAUUCCAAAUCCGGAAAGGAAGAACAAAAAAUCUUGAAUAAGAAAGAUGAGGACAAGGCAUCCAUACUCUUAGAAGGGAAACACAAUGAAGCAACAGGACGCAUGAUGGAAACUUCAGGGUGCGAUACGUGUCAGAACAGUCGUGUGGAUGCUUUUUCCGAAAUGGAUAGGAAAUCGGAACACAAUUGUUCAAGGGCCAACCGGAGCACGACCAGUGCCGGUGCUCUUCGUUAUGCCCUUCAUUUACGAUUUAUUUGUCCUUUUCCUAAAAAGAGUGUGGUGCCGGAAAGUAAAAUAGAUAUUCAAAAACAGCAAAGGAGAUUUUAUUUGUAUGAUGAUUUGAGAGUUGUGUUUCCCCAACGUCAAUCAGAUGCUGAUGAGGGAAAGUCGAACGUUGAGCACCACUUUCCUGAAGAUCCAAAGUACUUCGAUAUCAGCAGCUGAAGUGUAUUUUCUGCUGUAAAGAGUAUUAUAUGUUGUUGUUCUAAUUAGUAGCUACUUGUAGCCCGAGCUACUCGCUCUUUGGUGCUAGUUACAGACUGUAAAUUAUGUCUGAUACGGAAAAAAUGAGAAUUAAGAGGGAAAAAAAAAGAAGAGAAAAAUCAGUCACGGUUGUACAUUAUUGCUCUUGUGGGGAGAAAAUGGAAACUUGAUUAACUAGGUAGGAUAUUGUCAUUUCUAAUACAAGUGAUCAGAAUUAACCUGGUAGUCUUGAGGGAAAGGACUGUUUUUUUAAUUUAAAAGUAAAAAAGAAAAGGAAAAAAUUGAAGAAAAAUGCAUGAAUUAUUGAAGUUUGAUCAAGUGGAAGCUAUGUAGAGUGGCCUAGUUACGUAGACGCGUGGUCUCACUUUAUAAAAAUUGCCAUUUUGGUGUUGGAAUUAUCUUACUUAUCUCAUUGAAACCUGCAUUGGAAUAUAUACCAUUUCAACUCAUUCCAUAUUUCCAUCACUCAAAUUCUACUAAACCUCUUUGCG